GGUUUGUGGUCUGGUCUGCGGUUUGUGGUCUGCGGUUCGCGGGGAUUGCGCCGCUGUUGCGUUGUUGGUUUGCCAGCCCAGCGGAUGAAAAAACGCAAACGCAAGGUGGUGGCGGGCUGUGGAAUGCGAGAGGCAAAGCACGCAUCCAUACAACCCAAGGGCUAUAAAGCCGCCGCUUGCCCUCCCAGCCUCGUUUGCCUCCACGCUCCUGCAUCCUCAUACCAGGCCUGCUCUCUGCACAUCCCUCCCCCAGCCUCGCAUCCUCCUUCCCAUCUCAUAGCUCUCCCUCGCACGCCAUGCCCACCUAUACCACCACCACCACCACGUCGUCGUCCUCGACCCUCCCCACCGACCCCUUCAACGCCCCCCCGCGCUUCUCGGCCCUGACCAAGGACCUCCUCCAGGCCGGCAGUGAGCUCCUCGGCACCUUCAUCUUCAUCUUUGUCUCGCUCGGCGCCGUCCAGGCCGCCAUCAAGACCCAGGGCGAUGCCUUCAACCUGACCGUCGCCACCGCCUUUGGAGUCGCCCUCACCCUCGCCGUCUCCAUCACCUACCGCAUCUCCGGCGGUGUCCUCAACCCCGCCAUCACCUUUGCCCUGUACCUCCUCAACCUCUUUGAGCUCCGCAAGUCGCUCCUCUACGCCACCGCCCAGGUCAUUGGUGCCUCGCUCGCCACCGGCGCCGUUGCCCUCCUCUUCCCUGGUGACUUCAAGGGUGCCAACCAGAUCCUCGACGACAAGAUCACCGUCCUCCAGGUCAUUGGCCUCGAGACCCUCCUGACCGCCCUCCUCGUCCUCGUUGUCCUCUUCCUCGCUGUUGAGAAGUCCCGCGUCACCUUCCUGGCCCCCGUCUUCAUCGGCUUCACCGUCUUUGUUGCCCACCUCGUUCUCAUCCCCUACGACAACACCUCCCUCAACCCCGCUCGCUCCUUCGCUGGUUCCCUCGCUGCUGGUAUCUGGGCCGACCACUGGGUCUUCUGGGUUGGUCCCCUCCUUGGUGGUGCCGCCGCCGCCGGUGUCUACAAGUUCUUCAAGUACGUCGACUAUGAGGAGCUCAACCCCAACCAGGAUGCCAGCAGCAACGAGCACAAGCGCAUCAUCCUCGUCUAAGCGAGAUGCGCGUGUGGGCCUUUGGUUUGUGGAGGUGCUGCCGACAGGAUGCCCCCUCACGGCGAAGUUGUGUUGUGCGUAUGUGUAGCGAAGAAGUAAAGGCCCACGAUUCCCCAUGAAUAGUGGGGAAGGAGGAAGGGAAGGGGACCCAUCGGAGUUUGGCAGUCUUGUGACUUUGCCACCGCUCCAUGUUUCCUCCCUCUUCCUCUUUGCGGGCUUCCCUCUCGCUUCACAUUGCCGCAAACGGCCCUGGCCAACCCCCGGCAGACUUUCUGCAUCCCCCUUGCACUCUCCCCACCCCCUCCCAGUUUGUUCUCUCGAUAGUAAUCAACCAGCAAAAUGAUGUAUCUGCGUAGCCCAAAUACACAGCUUUGUCCAAACGA